AGUAGAAACAUUCUAAAGGCGAGAUCGGCAUGAGCCCAAAACUGAACUGGGAUCCGAUUAAUUGUCAGCCCGUAACGUGGUAGUUGCUUUAUGAGUGUUCUGCUUGACUUGCUUCACAAGAAGGGGGCUUGGUUAUAGUUUAAAGCACAGUAACAACUUGCCUCACAACGAGUAUACUUCUUUCUUCACCAUUUUUCACAGUGCGAGGAUAUAUCUGUAGAAGAUCACACUUAACAUGUUUCUCACCAGGACCGAGUACGAUAGAGGUGUUAAUACAUUCUCUCCAGAAGGUAGAUUGUUCCAGGUUGAAUACGCUAUUGAGGCCAUCAAGUUAGGUUCAACUGCUAUCGGUUUAAAGACCAAGGAAGGUGUUGUUCUUGCUGUUGAAAAACGUAUUACCUCCCCACUUUUGGAGCCUAGUAGUGUUGAAAAAAUCAUGGAAAUUGAUGCGCACAUAGGUUGUGCAAUGAGUGGAUUAAUCGCUGAUGCCCGCACACUUGUGGAACACGCACGAGUUGAAACUCAGAAUCAUAGAUUUUCGUAUGGUGAACCCAUGAGUGUUGAGUCCACUACUCAAGCACUUUGUGAUCUGGCUUUGCGGUUUGGUGAAGGUGACGAAGAAUCAAUGUCUCGACCGUUUGGGGUGUCCUUACUGAUUGCGGGCCAUGAUGAGAAUGGUCCCAGUUUGUAUUAUACAGAUCCUUCAGGCACAUUCUGGCAGUGUAAUGGUAAAGCUAUUGGUUCUGGUUCUGAAGGUGCAGACAGCUCUCUGCAGGAGCAAUAUAACAAGGAUUUAACCCUCAAAGAAGCUGAAACAAUUGCCCUUUCCAUUUUGAAGCAAGUAAUGGAAGAAAAAGUAACCCCCAAUAAUGUGGAUAUAGCAAAGGUGGCUCCAUCUUACCAUUUGUACACCCCUGCAGAGGUGGAGGCUGUCAUCAGUCGUUUAUGAAAUUGUACUUCGUCCAUUACUGUUUGUAAUAGUUCUGGCAUUGUAAUGCAACUCGCUUUUCCAUAUGGAUUGUCAACCAUUUACUCGUUACUAUUGUUGGAACAAGCCCAGGCUUCUUAAAAACAGAUUGAAAUAUAUUCAUACCUAUUCGACCUAAACUUUAGUUACUGAAUAUAAAUUGGCUUGAGCUUCCAACUGA